AUGUCUAAGCACAAUUUAUAUGAGACUCCAAUCCUGGAGUCUGUGAGGAAUAUCUUCAGCCUCGUGUCCCCUUCUGUAUUUUUGCUCCUUAUCGUCCCGGCAAGUACGUUGUCAUUAUGGACUCUCGCCUCAUACUUUACCUCUCCCUUGAAAAAGUACCCUGGGCCAUUCCUCGCAAAGUUCACGAGACUUUGGUACAUGUAUCAGGCCUCCACUGGUGACUCGCAUCUCGUCCUCGAGAGGCUGCAUAAGAGAUAUGGACCUAUCGUCCGCAUUACCCCGGAUAUUAUCGACGUCGACAUUCCUGAGAUAAUCAAGACCAUCUUUAACACCAAGGGUGACUGGCUCAAGACACCCUUUUACCAUGGUAGCAGCGCCCUGGUCAACGGGCACAUUGUGCUUAACCUCUUCAGUCAAACCGACCCUGUGAAGCACCAAAAAGGAAGACAGCCCAUCGCCAAACUCUACUCUAGUGCUGGCGUUAGUACGCUGGAACCUCAUAUGAACAAGGUCAUCAACCAGUUGUGCGAUGAAUUAGAGAAGCGGUUCACUGGACAUAAUGCUGGGCAGGUUUGCAAUCUAGGACAAUGGAUUUUGUUCUAUGCCUGGGAUGUUGUCGGCGCCAUCACCUUUUCUCAACCUAUAGGAUAUCUUAAGAAAGGCUGCGACUUCGAUGGCACCCUAAAAAAUGCAGACAAGGCCAUGGACUACUUUACUGUCGUAGGCACAAUGCCUUUCUUGGACCGUAUCUUUGACAAGAACCCCGUCUUUCAUAUGGGACCUCCUGGCUUCAACACUAGUGCUGAAAUUUCUGUCAAGCACCUCAUCGAUAGAUACCAAGGUAACGACAAAGAAAAUCACGACCCUGCUCACCCUGACUUCCUCGACAAGUUUAUCCAGAUCAAGAACUCCAAACCAGAUGAAGCCGACGAUGCCCAAAUCAUCUCAUGGCUUAUGGUUAACAUGAUUGCUGGAGCCGACACAACUGCCAUUACCAUUCGAAGCGUCCUCUACUUUUCACUCAAGCACCCAAGCGUUUGGAAGCGCCUUACCGAAGAGAUCCUACAGGCAGGCUUCCAGCAAGUUCCUGCGUACAAGGACGUCAAAGCUCUGCCAUACACAGAUGCCGUUUGCCGAGAAGCUUUGCGUAUGCUGCCUGGUGUGGCAAUGACCAUGGAACGUUUUGUUCCAAAGGAGGGUUUCGUACUUCCCAAUGGUGACUUUCUUCCUGGUGGCACUAUCGUGGGCAUGAAUCCCUACAUUGUGGCACGCAACAAAUCAGUUUAUGGCGAGGAUGCCGACGACUUCCGACCUGAACGUUGGCUGUGCUCCGGCGACGAGACAGAAGAACAGUACCAGAGUCGUCUACUGGCAAUGAACCAGGCAGAUCUGUCUUUUGGAGGAGGUAGCCGCAUCUGCAUCGGAAAGUAUAUCGGCCUUUUCCAAACGUACAAGGUUAUUGCUAUCUUGCUCACGCGGUUUGAGAUUGAGUUGGCGGACCCCAAGAAGGAUUGGAAGGUGACAAACAGUUGGUUCCCUCGACAGGAAGGAUUGGAGGUCAGAGUGCGCAAGAGAACUGGAAGUCGGUUACCGAAAAGUUCCUAUUAG